AUGAUCGUUGGCUUUUUGGCAAUAGCCAACCUUGGGAUCGUGCGGACGGCGAAAGAUGCCUACUAUGUAGGAUAUUUCCUCUCGAGGUUGGCUUCCAUUGAGGCCAGGAAGAGUGUAUGGGACAUUCAUGCAUUUGUAGCAUGUGAGGGGUCAAAAUGGGCUUCUCUCGCAACAGGAUGGCUCACUGCUUACCAAAGCGGCUUGUGUACGACUGGACGACGGACUUCAUCAUACCUAGACACCAUGUACCUAUGGGCAGCCUGUCUCGGUCAUCUCACGGACUCCUCUGGCCCCGGCACGCCACGUUUGGACUUAUUCGACCGCCCCCGGCCAUUGCGGGCAGUUCCCAGGUCUCUACGAGAGCCAAGCUACGCCUAG